AUGGCAGACCAACACGCUGGACCGUCGUCAGUGACGACACCGAAAAAGAAACGAAAAGUCCGAGGGGAACUGGCAAAGGAUGAAGCCGAACCUUCGAGGAAGCAGCGCUUCCGCGAGGCAUGGUUGGAGCAUCCGGAGUUCAAGGGAUGGCUAGCACCGGACCCAAGAAACCCAUUUCGUGCAUCAUGUAAGGCCUGCAACGCAAGCCUGGUCGCCGGACACAGUGAGUUGACCAAACAUUCAAAAAGAGAUGCCCAUAUAAAGGCAACCGCGGGGCUGAGAAAGCAGAACUUGAUCUCAGCAUUCGUACAGAAGUCAAACCCGCACGAACAGAAUGUAAAGACUGCUGAGAUCAAAAUGUCGGCUUUUGUGGCUGAGCACGCCUUAUCCUUCAAGGCAAUGGAUCAUCUGGGCGAUCUCGCUAAGGUGGUCUUUCAUGACUCGGCCAUUGCCAAAGGUGUGAGUCUUCACAGAACGAAGUGUGAAUCUAUCGUAAAAAACGUGUUGGCAAAAGCGGAGACUGAAGUUCUCGCGCACAGGCUGGGAGCUUCGAAGUUUUCGAUAUUUGUAGAUGAGGGCACGGACAUAACGAACACCAAACUCCUCUGCUGUGUCGUCCGCUAUUUUUCAGAAGAGCAAGACCAAGUAAUCACACAGCUGUUGGAAGUCAUCCCACUUGACGCCAGGUCGUGCUCAUCAGAGUCGCUUGCCUCAGCUGUGGAGAAAUGCCUGUCUGAGAAGAAAGUCCCGCUAACCAACAUAAUCGCGCUCGCAUGCGACAACGCUAGUGUGAUGGUGGGGGAGCGCAACUCCCUGAUGACAAGGCUGCGAGAAAAGGCGGAUGACAGUUUUAUAACCAUCCGCUGCAUCUGUCACUCGCUGCAUAUAGCAGCAAGCAAGGCAGCUCUAAAGCUUCCCAGGAAUGUUGAGGACCUCUUGAGAAACGUCGCCAACUACUUCAGCCAUAGCUGUAAGCGUCAGGCUCAGUUCGCUGAACUCCAAGAGUACCUCCACAAAGAGAAGAACAAGAUACUGAGACCAAGUGAGACGCGAUGGCUUGUGCUGCACCAGUGUGUAGAGCGCGUGCUCCAGGAAUGGGAGACCUUAAAAUUGCUCUUCUUACAGGCAGCUACAGAGGACCGCAUUGUGGCCGCUGUGCUGAUCUUGAAGGAC